UGUAGAAACACAUCAAUUGAUACUGCGGCAUAGUGUUAUUUCGCCUAAAACCAGUCAAAUUAUUUUAUCAUAUUAAUUACUUAAAUCAUAAUCACUGAGAACGCGAAACAUUCAAUUAUGUCGCGGUCCGAUAUUGAAGAAGACUCGUGCCCCAGAGUACGGUAUUCGGCGAGCCCAUUGGAUUUGAAACAGAAACCUACGAGUGACUCUCCGUCAAAGUCGAAGAAAACUUCAUUUUGUAUAGAAGCGUUGCUUGGCCAUCGCGAAGUUUCACGUAAGACAUCAAUGACCGCGUCAUCGGACUGUUCGUCUACUCCUUGUUCGAGCCGUAGUGCUUCGAUAUCUCCCGGCCCGGAACAACAGUUCGGAUAUGAAGGUAAACACAGCGACGAGAACGAUGCAAUUUCGACAACAACAAUGAGAUCAUUAACUUACAAUUCCAACUAUUUGAAAUCCGACUUCCCGAUCACUUCCUCUGCUACCGACGUUUUAACCCGUGACCAUAGACGGAAUGGUAGUUUUGGAUUUAUUCACGGAUCUUCAGCAUUUCAGCCAUUACCUCGUAUAGACACUAACACCAAUAAUUCGCCGAGCUCAACAAUCGCAACAGUUUCGGCAACAACUACAAAUCCCAAUCGUUCCAAUGUCUCUGCUGGCCAAUUGCAACAGAUGCAACUUGAGUGGUUUGCUAGAGCAGGAAUGUUUUACGCUGGACCAAGAUUACACGAUUUAACAGGUCCACAUCCACAUACUUUACUGGGGAAGACAAGACGGCCAAGAACUGCAUUCACUAGUCAGCAGCUUCUAGAGUUGGAAAAACAAUUCAGACAAAACAAAUAUUUAUCCAGACCUAAAAGAUUCGAGGUGGCUACAAAUUUAAUGCUCACUGAAACUCAAGUAAAAAUUUGGUUUCAAAAUCGCCGAAUGAAAUGGAAACGUAGCAAAAAGGCUCAGCAAGAAGCUAAAAUAUCUUCACGAGACGAUACGAUGUUGGAAAAACGAGGAACCGUAAAUAUUCGAACAUGCGGCACUGGGAGUAAUGAUCUUCAAAGUAACGCUAACAUCAGAUCUCCCGAAGAAUCUCGCAUAAAAAUAGACUGUCCGACAUCUUCCGCUGCCACAACAAUUCAAACUCAAUCUCAUCACAAUUCUACUGCUCAACUAAACCAUAAUUAUCACACUUUAAACAAUAUUAGAUCGCACGAGCAAGACGGAAAUUGCGAGUCAUUGUACAGACCGUACGUAUCAUAACAGACUUUCGAGUAAAUUUGUUUUGUGUAUAAAAUUCCGAUCAAAAUAAUAACAACGUUGAUCGUUUUGUAUUAUAGAUAUUAUU